AUGGCCCCGUCGCCACGCCCAGAGCUGGAGAAGCAAUACAUGUCCUCGAAACCUUCACCAAAGAAACAAUCCCCAGAACCGCGUCCCAGUUCAAGGCAUGUACAUAUCCUCCUCAUAUCCCCCACCAAUGAAAUCUUGCUCCUCCGCCGGGUCCAAAACUCCAGCUCCUUCGCAUCCGCACACGUCUUCCCCGGCGGUAACCUCUCUUCGUCGCAAGACGGGGAGAUUCCCCUGCCAGAUGACAAGCAACGGCAUGUUGAUGGCCCUGCAUAUAGACUUGGUGCCAUUAGGGAAUGCUUCGAGGAAAGUGGGCUUUUAUUAGUGAAGAAGAAGGGCGACCAGAGUGGAGAUUUGUUAGAAGUUGAUGCGGAAACGAGAGAUAAAGCUAGGAAGGCGAUUCAUGCUGGGAAAUUAAAAUUCGCAGAAUGGGUCGAGUCAAUAGGAGGAGUUGUUGAUUCUGACUCCCUAAUCCCCUUCACCCGUUGGGUCACGCCCGCCAACCUCCCCAAACGCUUCACAACCCAGAUGUACGUCUACUUCCUCCCGCUCACUCAAUCAUCCCCGGCCGCCAAAACAGUAAUCCACGUCCCAACUUCCGACGGCGGUCUCGAGCACACUACAGCGCUCUUCGCACCCUGUACGCGCUGGCUCGACCUCGCAACAAGGAACGAGAUAAUACUUUUCCCGCCACAGUUCUACCUAAUACAUCUCCUGUGCACGUUCCUCACACCUUCGAGUGCGCCUCUGUCAACCACUGAGCUACAAGCGCAGCGCUCUGCCGUGAUGGAGUUCCUUGAAACGGAUGGCGAUGGCAAAGGGGUGAAGUGGGCGGAUAAAGUGAUGAGUCCGGUGGGAUUGAUGCUUAGGAAGAGUGAUGGGCGGAGUGUACUUGCUCUUGAUAAGCCUGGACCGGAACUGAAAGGAAGUAAGAGGAGGGGAGAUGAGAAGAGAGUUGUUCUUGUGAAGUUUGGUAAAAAUGGGCCAAGGGAUGUGGAGGUGAGAAUGAAGGAAGAGGUUUUAGAGGAGGAAAGAGCCGCGGCGAAGGUAAAGCUUUAG